GAAUCCAUUUCAUUGUAUCUUGUUUAACAAAAUGACUUGAUAUACUGAAUCAAUCAUGUACCAAUUGGUUAUAUUUUUACUCAUAUUUAAGUGCGGGAUUGCUAAAGAUAGUGAUAAUAAAUAUAUAGAUUUACUACCAGAAGAAGAAAAACGACAGUUUCUUGAAAGGAUAGCCAGAAGAAUUUUAGAAGAAUCUCACAGUGACAAAAUUCCUAAUACAACGCAUACGGAAUUGUCAGACGAUGAACUCAGCGUUCAUUCUUCAUAUGUCCAAGAGAUUAUUAAAGAAGAAACUGAUAAUUUGAAAAAAGAAAGAAAAGCACGAGUCAAAAAAAGAAAACAGGGAUCUUAUCAGAAACAAAAAAGUAAAAAACAAAAUGAUGAAAAUAGUGAACAUGUAGAUUUGCCAUUAAGUUUUGAAAAAGCUGCAAAACAACGGGAUAGGAAGGAUACUAAAAGAGAGAAUAUUGAUUAUGAAGUAAUCCCAGUUGAAGUUGAUUAUGAAAAUUCAGUGAGUAAUCAAUCGACUAUUUUAUUAAACACGACAGGCAAUUUUUCUUCUACUAUAAAUGUCAGAAGUGAUCCAACAGUUGAUGCAAAUAUACCAAAAAAGGGGUCCGAAAAUCGUCUUGGUAAUUUAAACGACACUGAUUAUUCCACCACUACAAAAACUCCCUUUGUAUAUGAUGACGAGGCUUUAGGUUCAAGAGUAAUAAGUGAUUUUGAUCAAAACUCUAAAGAAAUCAAAAGUCCAGAAGAUUCAGUAAACACUUCAGAGUCUAUUUACACUUAUUCAGAUGGACAAAAAGAAAAUCUUACAAGUUCAGAGCAAAGAAAUAAUACCGGUAUUGCAAAGCCGAUAACUGAAGGAUAUAUGAUUUCUCAAGAAGGUAAGUACAGUAAUUCGGGUUCAGAAAUGAGCAAGUUAGCGAGCAGUUACAUAAUAACUGAUAAACCAACAAAACAUUUAAGAAAUAACUCUUUAGAUAGUGAUGUAAGUAGUGUGGCCAUACCAACAAUAAAUCCAAUUCAAGUUAACAAAUCACUGACCGAAAACAAACGAAUGUAUAUGCCAACAGUAAAAAGUUCGGAGUCUAAUGUCACGUACUCAGAAGAAAAUCUUUCAAGUUCAGUGUAUAUAAAUGGUACUAUCACUGCAAUGCCGAUAACUGAAGGGCAUUUUACUUCUCGAGAAGGAAAGUACAAUGAAUCGGAUACAGAAAAUAGCAAAUUAACAAGCAGUUAUAUAAGAACUAAAACAAAACAUUUAAGAAAUAACUCUUUAGAUAGUGGUGUAAUUAGUGUGACCAACCCUACAAUAAAUCCAUUUAAAGUUAACAAUUCAUUGACCGAAAACAAAUUUAUAAAUAUGCCAACACACCGGAAAAAUAUAUAUUUACCUUUAAAUACAAGCAACGCAGUUCACAUAUCUAAAGAUAAUAUUAAAUCAGACGAUAAUAAUUCCAGUAUCAUAAUAGAAUCAUCGUUAAACAAAACAAGUAAAAUAAAAUUUAUUGAUGUUGAAACAGUGACCAAUUUUUAUUCAGUCGAUAAACCGACGGUAAAUAAUAAACUAUUAUCAGCUGAAAAUACAUUGUUGAUCAAUAAAAAUAUUGUGAAUAUUUCAUCACCACAAGCUGAAGUGACUGUUAAGUUAAAAUAUAAAGAAGUCAGUGAAAGUCCUAAGGAAGAUGCUUCAAAACAAAAAACACUAAAUCAAUAUGAAGUUUAUGAAUUACCUUCGGGUCUACCUUCAUUCGAGCCCAAUGAAAUGCUGGACCAAAAAGGAAAAAACGAUCGAGAACAUGCUAAUGACCAUCCUCAUUACAGCAAUGGACCAAAUGGUGAAGGAACUUCACACACUUCACAGGAACUUUCCGAUGAGCCCAAUAAAGAUGUGAACCGGGAAUUAACUAAAAAUAAUCCCAACUAUGUGCCUAUUUAUAAUUAUGAUCCAAAACAUGCUUAUUACGACCCUUAUAACCGUUACGGUAUAAAUUCAGCAGACAAAGAUCAAAUUAUAAAAAAUAGAAUUACUCUAGGCAAUAUCAAAGUUAUGAAAGAACCGUUCUACGUGUCUUAUGAAAAAUUUAACCCAAAAGUAUCGGAAAAGCCUCCCAGUUAUGUACCUAUACAUACUUACGAUCCAGAACAUGCAUAUUAUCAUUCUUAUAACCGUAACAAAUCAAAUAUAGACGAGAAAGAUCAAAUCAUCAGAAGUAGAAAUUCACCAAACAACCUUGAAGCUCCAGAACUAACUUCCGAUGAGCCUUAUGAAGAAGUGAAGCGAGCCAUAACUGAGGAUAAUCCCAACUAUAUAUCAAUAUACAAUUAUGAUCAGAAUCAUGCAUAUUACGAUCCUUAUAACCGCUACGGACCAAAUGCAGGCGACAAAGAUCAAAAUAUCAUGAAAAUAAAAAAUACGCUACACAAUAUAAAUAUAGAAAUAGAUGAUGCUAGCCGUCGCAACCGAUUUAAAACUCCAAAUUACAAAACAUUUUCUAGCAAUUUUAAACUAAAAACUUUUUACUACAAUGUACCAAAAUAUCAUAAAUUUGAUAUAUUCAACCCAGUGCCUCUGAAAGUAGCAGAAUCGUUUAACCCUCAUAAUUAUUACGACGGUGAUGAUUUUUUUGUAAGAAAUGCUGAUGUAGAUACGAAAGAAGAAAAUAAUGACGAUCAAUAUGCAUAUGUAAUUGAAAACGAGAAUCCCAUUGGUCAGAUAAGUUUGAAAUCUAUAUCAAAAGAAACGCUAGGUACUGAUCAUCACGGAGCCUCUGAAAACAAUAUGAAAUUUAAACUAAAAAACAAUAACGAAAAUUAUAUAGCACUUGAUUAUUACUUUGGGAGAAAAAAAAACUACAAAAAGACAAAUAAGGAUACUGUUUUCGACUUCAAGCUGACUAAUAUUCAUAAUGAUUUUCAACCUAUAACCCCGACGCCCAACAAUAUAGUACCCGGGAAAAUACACAAACUAAAAACUAAAGAUAAAAUGGUUGAAAAAAAUUAUAUGGAUACCAUGGUAACAGUUAUGCGGGAAAUGAUACAGAUGGACAAUGCAGUACUGGAAAGAUACGACUGGCUUGGAACUGCUGUUGAUGUCAGAACAGCAUUAGCAAAGCUGAAUGAUUUAACUUUACAGUUGAAAAAUAACGAAAGAAUUGACAGAAAUGAUUUCGAACUAUAUAAAUACUUCAUAUAUUUGUACAAAUCAUCUAAAGAGGUAUUUCAUAAGUCAGCUCUGAGAAAUACAAAACAAUCGAAGAAUUCGAUACACGUGAAGCAGAAACAUGUAAAGUCACGCUGGAUGCCGAAGAUACUGAAGAAGAAAAAACAUCGUUCAGCUAUAAAGGCAUGGAAGGAGAUUGCAACAUUCUUAAGGAAUAUGACCAAGAUAAAUAAUAACAAGUCGGAGCUAUUAAGCCAGCUACAGAGCUUUUUGGACGAGAUUAACUUUCAGCUUCGGGACAUUCACAGCGCCAUAAAGAACAUAGCAAUGGUAACAUCAUAUAGUAACCAAUCAUGGUAUACAGAUCUAAAGCAGCUCUAUCUCAAUUCUGCUUCAAAACAACAAAUCCUCCAACUGAUUCUGCAUUUGGGCAUGUCCAAUCUUCUCGGUCUCGUAGAAAGAAGUUCGAAGAACGGAGUAGAAGACAGCUUCUUGGAAUACGUACAAGAGGAGAGGAAUAAAGAAGAAGUAAAUACUGCAAAAGAGGGGUUCUUGUUCGUGCUGAGAAUAUUGGAUGAGUUGAAAUAAAUAAAUAACACAUUUUAAUUUGAUUUUCUUGUUACGAUACCGCGGUUAUGUCUUUACUGGUUCCUGCCUAAACAACCUAACUUUUUUCUUAAUGAAGCUAAUAAUAGGGGUUAAAGUAUGAAACUGUAAUACCGUUUUAUUGUAAUAGAAACUUAAUUUUUUGAGA